AUGAGUUACAAUCAUCAACAAUAUCUAUCUUGUCUUCAUGUUGGUCAACCAGUUAAUAUUCAACGAUCAAAUGGUCGUAUACAUCAAGCGAUGAUAAAAAAAAUUAAUCAUACAGUACAAACAAUUACCGUUGAAUGGGAAGAAAAGAAUGAAGGCAAAGGAAAAGAAGUUGAUUUAGAUGCUAUUAUUAAAAUUAAUCCAGAUCUUUUUACAACAAUAACAAAUGCGGGCUCUCGGGCUGGUGCUAUUAGUCAUGAUAUUAGUACUGAUCAUGAAGAUAAUUCUACUACUAUUGAUCAUAAUAAUGCAACACAUCCAAAUCGUCGUACUCAUAAAAAAGAUGAAAAAAGACAAUCACAUUCACUUUCUCAAUCUCGAACAGGUAGAAUAUCAACGAUAAAUGAAGUUUCACCACAAAGACAACAGAAUGCUUCAACUGACCCAAUUAAAUCUAAAGUAGUUAAAGAAAUCGAACGUAUAGCAGCAAAUCGUGAACAAAGACGAGUUAAACACGAAAAACAUCGUCGAAAAUUAUCUGAAGUUGAUCAUUCAAUACCAGCAUGGGAAUUUCAAGCGAUGAUAAAUGAAUAUCGACAACAACUUGGAAUGAAAUAUAUAACAAUGAAUGAACAACAAAAAGAUUUACGUAUUACUGUUUGUGUACGUAAAAGACCCAUAACAAAAAAAGAAUUAAAUAAAAAAGAUAUCGAUGUAUUAACAAUACCAAAUAAAGAUCAUGUUGUUAUACAUCUACCGAAAGUUAAACUUGAUUUAGCAAAAUAUAUUGAUAAUCAAACAUUUCGUUUUGAUUAUUCUAUGCAUGAAUUAUGUGAUAAUGAAUUAGUUUAUCAUUUUACUGCUCAACCAUUAGUACGUUCAUUAUUUCAAGGAUGUAAUCCAUUAGUUUUUGCUUAUGGACAAACCGGUUCUGGUAAAACAUAUACUAUGGGUGGUGAUUUAAGUCAACGUGAUGUUGAUUUUUCUAAAGGAAUCUAUGCAUUAACAGCAAAUGAUAUUUUUCAUCAUUUAAAUAAUUCUCAACAUAGAGGUCAAUAUGAUGUUUAUUGUACAUUUUUUGAAAUUUAUUGUACCAAAGUAUUUGAUUUAUUUAAUGAUAAAAAACGUUUACGUGUAUUAGAAGAUCAUAAAAAUUUAGUUCAAGUUGUUGGUAAAAAAGAAGAACGAGUUGAAACAGUUCAUGAUGUUAUGUCAUUAAUACGUCGUGGAAUGAGUGUUCGUACGUCAGGUACAACAUCUGCCAAUGAACAUUCAUCACGUUCACAUGCUGUCUUUCAGAUAACAUUAAAGAAAAAAAAUACAACGAAAGAAUAUGGAAAAAUUUCCUUAAUUGAUUUAGCUGGUAGUGAACGUGGCCGUGAUACACAAACAAAUGAUAAAGUUACAUUAAUGGAAGGUGCACAAAUUAAUAAAUCAUUAUUAACAUUGAAAGAAUGUAUACGUGCAUUAGGUCGUAAUGCUGAACAUAUACCAUUUCGUGGUUCAACAUUAACGAAAGUUUUACGUGAUUCAUUUAUUGGUGAGAAAUGUAAAGUGUGUAUGAUAGCCAUGGUAUCACCAGGAAGUAGUGAUGUUGAUCAUACAUUGAAUACAUUACGUUAUGCUGAUCGUGUUAAAGAAUUAAAUGUUGAUGAACUUAAACAACGUGGUGUUGAACUUCAUCAAAAACAUACUCAUGAUGAUCUUCAUACAGCUGAUGAAGAUGAUUAUGAUGAUGAUGUUGAUGAAGAUGAAUUUCUUAAUGAAUCAAGUACACAAGUAAUACCACCAUCACAUACACAUUUAUCUAAACCACAUCCACAACAACAUAAUCUUAGUAAAUCAUUACUGAAAAGUCAACAAUCAAAACGUAAAUUUGAACAAGCUAUUGCACGUUCACAUGAACUUGAAGAUUUAACAUUAGAAUCUCAUCAUGGAUAUAUUGAUGAAUUUCCACAAAUGCUUGCAAGCCAUCAGACAAUAUUUGAUUCAUCAACACUUAUGAAUUAUGAUCGUGAAAAAUAUGCUAAACAAUUAAUUCAUCUUAUUGAUAGCCAACAACAACAUUUAACAAAAUUACGUAAUAAAGCAUUACAAAUGCGUGAAGCUGUUGCUCAUGAAAAUCUAUGCGCGAAAGAUUUAACAUUCAAAUAA